GUCAUUUGGUGCUCACAUUUUUUCACACUGUUUUUAUUCAUACAGUUUUGGUCUUUGUUAUUGCACAAUUGUUUCGUUCUAGAAAAAUCUCUUGACAAAAUCGUAGUUUUUUUUUUGAGCUAAUUGAUCAUAAUCGUGGAACAUGGCAAGUUCAAAAACAAUCAACCUGAAGCGUACGCAUGAAAUGUUAAAGUAUAAUUCCAAAUCGAGUGCAUCGCAAUCGACUGAACUGAGUUUGCUCAGAUAUAGUUUCAUUCGGACACUCAAAAUGGAAAAGUUCAACAUUCUCAACGACCCAUUGAUGUCAUCGAAUUUGAUGGUGAACACGAUCGGUCUACAAGGAAUUUCCCGAAAAAUUGACAGCUAUGCCAAUUGCGACGCAUUUUUGGCCGAUAUUGAUACGUUGGUUCACAGCUACACGGUGGCGUUUAACAGCCAGCCCGCCGUCAAAGAAGUGAUUUGUGCAUUUUCCGAGCUGUGCCACCGUGACGUGAAAAGUAUCCGCACCUGUUUUCAGUCAGCCAAAGCGACGUCUGGGAAUGAACAUAUGGCGAACAAUGACUUCAAGAGUGAUCCCACACAAGCAGAUGUUCCAGCCAAACGACGUGCUUGGCGUGGAAAACGAGACUCCGUUCGAGGCAAAUACUCCAGCCCAUUUGCUUCCAAAGCUAUGUACAACCCACAAAACGCGCCGAAUCAGCUGAUUGCCACGGUUCCCGUUGAAUUUAGAGGAAGCUCAGAUAGUCAACACCUCGUUGCUUCGGAUGAAAACCAACCAAAUGGCAACAAAACCGAUGAAUUACCUGGAAAUGUGCCAAUAUCCAAAAUGAAAUUGAAUGAAGAUACAAAUGACACACCAUUGCAAAGCAUUGACGAUGAAUUGCGCCAAAAACGCAAGGCUAAAGAGAAUGAACCGUUGGGAAGCGAGGAAAAAGCUUCACUCCGGCAAAGAAAUCUGCAAUGAACUCUGACCAUGUUGAAAAUUGAUUUUAGAUAUUUUUGAUCUUUCGAACAUUCAAUUGUUCUGUUCUUUUUCCAUUCAACCUAUGAUUACUGCUCUGCAAUCUAAUUUAGAUUCUCUCUUCCAUUCAGCAUUUUAGAAUUCACGAUUUCAUGGACAUUUUUUGGUCCUGAUUUUAAUAUUAAUUUAAUUUGCGUCUAACAUUAAUAUAAUAUGGAAAUUUCGUCUUUUGUCUCAAAUCACUUUUAAUUUAAGAGUUCCUUCUAUGUCCCUAAAAAUGUCAAACAAAUAAAUUGGUAAAAUAGGUCAAUGCCCUAUUCAAAAUGACUAAAAA